CUGACUUGUCAGCAAAAAAAAAAAAAAAAAGUUAAAAGAAAAAAAUAAAUCACGGAAGAGGUUCUGUGGUCUUUCCAGUUUGACAAGUUUUUUGCUUGCAAAGAAGGGGGAAGAGACGGGAAAACGGAAAAGGCGUAAAAUACGGUUUGUCAGUCGAUUCUGUCCCUGUUUUGUGAUAAAGAGUAAGAAUGGAGUCAGCGAUCAAGACAGUUGUGACAGUCUUCUUGAAGUCGUCAAAAGGCAAGGAGAACCUUGGAGAGAAGGACUUCCAAUCCCUAGUGAAGAACCAGCUGAAGAACAUACUGACGGACACAGACAGCACUGAGGCUGUAAAGACAAUGCGUCAGGGCCUUGAUUCGGACAAGGAUGGAAAAGUCAGCUUCCCGGAGUACCUGAAGCUGAUUGGCUACAUAGCAGAGUCAUUCAGUGGACGGUGUUUCAGCGAGAAGGAGACACAGGUGGCAAGUUCAGUCCACGAGACACCGGCUGAGGUCCCAACUGUGACAAAUGUAGAGCCCAAAGAUGGCAAACAGGAGGAGCCUGUAAAAGAGGAGGUGGCAGCCAAAGUACAGGAAGAGGAAGAUGAAGAGGAAGGAGAGAAGGCAGAAGCGGUAGAAGAAAUAGAGGAGACCUCAUAAGAGCUUGAGACAGUUUAAACUAACUUCCCUAAACCUCAUGUAUACUCACAUCUGUUUCAUUGUCAUAUUUUUAAUAAUAUAUUUUAUUACAUAGCCUACCAACUUUGUCCACAUUACAACGUCAACUUUUACCACUGCAUUGCAGUAUAAACCACUCCAUAUUGUUCAUUCUUACAAAACCUAAUUGUCAUUUGUACUGAUCUGUAUUGUAUUUUAACCAUUUAAAGAUUCAUUUACAUUAAAAAUGCAUCAUGGAUCUAUAAAUAUGCAAUGCAGUAUCUCUGGCAGUAAGUUUACAAGUGCCACUCUUGGCAUGUAUAAUCAACUGACUUUCGUGUUACUUAUGAGCCAAUAGUAUACCCACCUGUGAUUCACUGAUUCAGCCCCAUGUCCACAACUAUUGUCAAUUCUUUUUUCUAGAUAUGUGCAAACGUUUACGUCUUUUUAUACACAUUGGGAUGCUUAACAUGCAUGCUAACAUUAUUUCAUCACUUCUUACCAAGUGGUGGCCAAUAUUGAGCCUUAGUUCACAUACCACUGCCAAGUUUGAAUGAAGCCAUAUUUGCAUGACAAUAAACCUAUUGUCUUUAAGAAUUUAGUUUAAUAGCAUGCGUGUUCUUAUGCUCUCCUUUUUUCGUCUUGUUUUCUUUUAUUUCUCUUCUUUGGCGUGUCUGAGCCUAGCAAAGCUACUAGCAAGUGCUUCCUCUCCAUGAGUCAAAUAUUUUUCUGUCUUAUUUGCAUUUGUGUUCUUCUUUCACUUAGCUAGCUUUGUCUAGCUUUAUCUUAAGAACUGGUAUGUCAGGUGCUUGGUGUCCUUAUAAUGACUGGAGCUUAAUAAUUAAAAGCCAUUAGAUGGAAUCCACACCAGUGGACCCACGUGGCCCUGUCGGAGCCCAAAAUAGCCCUGCAGUAUUGGGCCAAUGACCGAGGAAGGGCCCCAAAACAGCUAGCACACCUUCACACAAUAUAUCCACACACAUUAGGAAACUGGAAAGAAAAAAGAAAGAAACUUAAUUUACAUUUGAAAUUUGAUUACUUAUGCUAGAUGUUUUUUGUUUGCAUCUUUCUCUUUAACAGUAACUUUUGUUGUUUCCGUUUUUGUUUGUUUUUUUGUGAUGUGACAGGAAUGCGGAGAGAAAAAUGAUCAUGCCAUCAAAAUUGACUUGCUUUUAGAAAUUCUCCCUAAUGCAUUGGCUAGUUUUCUAUGUGCAGAAAAGUAUUACUAACAGAAUACUAAUGUGAAUGCCUAGAGUGGAAAUGGAUGUUGGGCAGGGGCAAAUCUAAUUGAAAGUCUCAGUUAGGAAUCACUGAAUUUGUCAGGUUAUAUUUUUCCUAAAACUUUCAAGCGACAGCCAUGCAGGUGGGAAUUAAGAAGUUGGGGACAUAUGGGAAGCCAGUAGAUAACUCUUAAUGAAGUUCUCUGUCCCUGCUAAUGUCAAUGUUUGUUAGUUUAUUUGUAUCUAUGCAAUGGAAUCACAUAACUCCUACAACCACAGCUCUGUAUGUCAUAAUUGGGUUUUUAAUUUAUACUAAUGAAGCAUCUCUGAGACCACUAAAUGUUCAAUGUAUAAUUUGUAUCUAUGUAUCUGAAAGAAAUCAAUAGCCAUAUGGGUCAGUUUUCAUAGCGGUUUUUCAUGUUCUACUCCGCCAUGUAUUAGCUACAUAUUCAUUUGACUUUUUUUUUUAACCUGACAAUGUAUCAAAAGCUUGAAAUUAGAAAAUGUAUCUUGCUUUAGACUUUGUCACUGAAGCAAUUUUCUCCAUCUCUGCUUAACGUUUGCCUUUUUUAUACAAGUAGAUAAAGAAAAUUAUUUUUACGCUUGGUACAAAAAAGUCUUGGGUGCUUAA